AUGAGUAAUUAACCUACAUCUGUUGAAGUAAAAAAGCAAUAUUAGGAGAAUCACUUAUAAGGAUCAUAAAAUUCAUAAUUAGGGGAAAAAGCAGCUUAACCAGUUUAAGAAGCAUAGAUAAAUGAAAAUGCAUCGAUAAAUAAUAAAAUGUUUGAAAAGAUUCCACAAUUUACAAAAGAAGAAGCAGGUAAUCUAAUUUAAGAUGAGCAGAAUCAUAGAAAAGAUGAAGAAUAGAGAAGACAUAGUAAAGCUAGAAAAUUACUUAUCUAAAAGCAACACUUGGUAUUUAUAGAGGAAGUAAAAAUAUUGAAAUAGUAAGAAAAGGCUAAAAGACUCAAUUUGCAAUAUUAAUAAGCUAUAAACAUAAAAAAGCUUGAGAAAACUUACAAAGAAUCGAUAUUACAAUAACAAGAAAAAUAUGAGAGACCUUUGAGUCCAAGUGAUUAACAAUUAAGCAAUGAGAAAACACAGAUUAUGAAUAAAGAUCUUAAAUCAGAUGAAAAGUAAAAUAUUUAUAGCGAAAUUGAUAGACUUUACAGUACAAAAAGCAUUCAUAACCACAAUAGAAAUCAAUCCAUAGAUAUUUUCAAGACCGAAAGUAAACCUAUGGUCACCUUUAGUGAUAAUAAGAUGGAUCUUAUUUCUAUUGAAAGUCCUAUUAGAUUUUCACUCAAUUCUGUAAAUCAUCAUGGAUUCCGAAAUACUUAAACAUCUGAAGUUGUUUCAACUCACUAUCAGUCAUUGAGGGACUAAAAUAGGGGAGGUAAUGCUGAAGAAAAAGUUUCUCCCCCCUCAAAGCGUUCAUAAUAAAUGGAUAAUUUUCUAAAAGACUCAAAGUUUAUUGAGAGAUUUUAAAAUGAAUCUAACUAGCAUUAAGUAAAGAGAUUGAAUCUAAAUCAUCAUUAGCCUCAUUUUAAGUCUUUUAGUUCAAAUGUGUAGAAUGGUCUGAAUUCCUAAAGAAUCUCUAUACCUAAAGUUUAAAUUACAAAACCAAAGUAAACUACUGGUACAAAUAAAAAGGAAGCCUUAAUGACUGAAAGAAAAAUUGGUAAUCAACAGCAAUUAAACUAGCAAACUACAACUAAAUCAAAACCUACUUUAAGGAUUAAAAAGGCAUAGUUCAACCCAAAGUAAGACUUUAUGCAUACAGGGACUCCUAGCUUUAUGAAGUUUGAAAAAAUUAAGCUAAAUAAAGAUAGGUAGCAAGCAGUGUCUAAAUCUAAUCAUAUAAUUUAGACUUCAAAUACAAAAAGCAGUACAGUAAUAACACCAAAAAAUAAGUAAAUCGCUUCCCCCUCUGCUAAAAAAAAUAUUAUUAUUUUGAAUAAGACUAAGCAAGUAAAAUCACCAAAGAAAAGUAACAUGAUUGAAAGACCAAUGUCUACAAGAGGCUAAAGUUAGACUAAUAAUAGCAAAACAGCACUAAUGAACAUGAAAAUUUAGCUGUCUUAGAUUACUAGUAACAUAAACUAGAGUGUUUUAAGGGAAUUUGCUUUAAGAAGUUAUUAAUAGUUGCCUAUUGGUGCAGUUGAGACAGCAUGCCUUCUUCUGAUAAUAGCUUCUUUUAAUGAUUAAAAAUUCAUAUUAAUGGACUAGUUCAGUUGGCUAGAAAUCUAAUAAAAAAUAUUGACUUACGACUUAGAGCUUAUCUCAUCAAUUCAAAAGUUCACACUUCAAUCUAUUGGUGAUGAAUCAAAAAUAAGAGCUAUGAACAUUCAUACUUUCUUGAUAGAAUAUUCAAUCAGGGAGCAGAGAGUAGAAUAAUAUAUUAACUAAUUAAAUCCUCUAAUUUAAUUCCUAAAACAAACUAAGGAUCUAUUUGAAUACCUUUAAUCCCAAGCUCAGGGGUCAAAUACCACUAGAUAUACCUAAAAUAACUCAAUCAUGUCAAAUAGCAUAUCCUUGAAUAGAUCGCUUUCAAAGACAUAAAGGAUGGAAUCAAUUCUCCAAACUUAAGCACAUACGAGGCAACCUUCUUCUUAAUUCGUUGAAGAUUACUAUCACUAGACAUCCUAUGAAUGCCAAAACUAAAGCAAUCAAUUUUAAACUUUAAACAAUACAAAGCAUCACUAUUCUAACAGCAAUACCUUUUACAAUCAUUCCAGUUUAGCUUAACUUCUUCUUGAAUAAAAAAAUGCAAUUGCUGCUUCAGCUUAUCAUAAUAACUUGAGCACCUCGAAGAAACUCAAGAUGAACUCAACCUAAAGUUUGAAAAGAUAAAAAAGUCUGAUAAAAUUAGAAAGAGAGCAGAAGAAACUAAAGGCAAUAUUUGAUAAAGAAGAUAAAUUAAAAAUUGAAAAGCAAAAUAGAGAAUAGGAAAUAUACUAUUUGAGAUAGAAGACUGAGUUCAAUAGUAGAAUAAACUCUGCUGAUAAAUCUAAGACUGAAAUAGACAAGAAAUCUAUCAGAGAAUCUAGUUUAGGACGCUAAGAGUAUAUGAGAGCUCUUAAGUAAUAAAGAAAUGAUUCUGGAUAUCGAUUCUAUCAUGAGGAACACGAAAAAUCAUUCAGAGAACUAUAGCAGUAAAGACAGUAUGAGUAGCAAGAACGUAUAAAAUAUGCUUAGGAACUAAAAACAUAGAAAUAGGAAUUCAGCAUCCAAAAAAUAGUCAAAAAUGAUGAAUUGCUAAGAUAACUUUAGCAAGAAAUAAUAUAAAAUCAGGAUUAUAAUAGUACUUACAGAUUCGGAUCUUCUAAUUCUAGUAUUGGCAUGUAGAUGCAGCCAGCAAUUAAAACCCAAGUUUAUCCUAGGAAUACAAUGUAGACCAUCAGUCAUCAUUUUGAACCUACUUAGGCUAGGAAGAAGAUAUGA